AUGCUUUUUCUUUUUUAUAUGUUACAGAGAUACCGUCGAAGAGAUUUAAGAGCUGAUAUUUUAGGGUCCCGUCUUGACAAGCCAUCUCUCCCAGCGCCAAAAUACAAAAUCAAGAUGUCACAUAUCCCAUUAAAUGUAUCAGAUUAUACUCUUGAUGAUUUGGUUAAAGAGUUUGGACAUAAACCGCUUUAUUCAAAAGUCUUUGAUACUAAAGAAGAUAGGACUUUUAUAAUAGAAUUCAAGAGUCUUGAUAUUAUGAACAAUUUCGUUAAUAAAUACAAUGGUUAUGAAAUUGAAGAGAAUUGUAAAGUCACUGUGGAAGUAUUCGAGCAGAAAUCCAGGAAACAAAAAGGCAGAUUUUCUAGGAGUGAUUUAUCACACUAUGGUAGUCAUUAUAAAAAAACAUCCCAGAGUCAACUCCGUCGUGGUAUAUCAAAACCGACCUCUAGAAGACAAACCGCAAAAAGACCCACCCUAGAAGAACUUGAUGCUCAAUUAGAAGCGUAUAUGAAUAGUGGUUCUACCACUCCGGCUACACAAGAAAGUCCCCACCAAGCUGAAGAGCAAUUUUCAACCGAGAACUAA